AUGGUCACCAGCACCAAGUAUCCUGGCCUGGAGGUUGCAGUUCAUGUUGAUGAUGAGCCAUUACGGGAGUACGAUGAUGGCGACGAGGAUCCUCCGUUAAACACCGUUACAAGAUACGUCGAAGCUAAAUCGGGGGCUGAGUUUGCGGUGAUAACCAUCUUCAAGCCACCCUUCUCUCCACCUCAUGGAGUCAUGAUAAGUCUCAUUGUCGACGGUAGUCCAGUGACCUCCCGGUGUUGCCGACAGGACGAGCUCUUCGAUCGCGUAUUCAAAAUGCAUGCUGUUCAUCGGAAGAUUCACGGAGAGUGGGUGAUGCAGAAGCUUCGUUUCUCGGAGUUGGACAUUGUAGAAGAGGCCCCUGGACUAGCCGCGAACGUCACAGAUGUCAGAAAUGCUUUAAGCAGCAAAGGAAAGAUUACACUCUUGCUUCACUUUGUAAAGAAUAUUAGAGAAAUAGGGUCGGAUGUGUACUGGGAAAGAAAUGUCGAACUCACGCCACUUGAUGAGAUUCCGGGGGAGGCGCUGAAAGAAAAUGCGCUCUCACACCAAGCAGCCUUGACUGCCCCAGAAAGGUCUCAGAGCCGAUCCGGACAGAAGCUCAGAGUGUAUAGUCUCGCAGAGAAAGAGCCAUUUGCAACAUUUCAUUUCAAAUACAGAUCUCUUGCGAGCCUCGAGGCCCUUGGAGUUGUACCCAGAGAUGAUUCCAUGACGGUUGCGCUAGAGGAAAGACCAGAAGAAGACCUUACUCCCGAUGAGCUGAGGGAGCUAGUUCGCCGCAUGAGACAACGAGAAGCGCAAAGCAAUCUCAUCAAGAGGGAGACAGCAGACAAAGGCCCGAUCAAGCAUGAAGAGAUUGCCGACGAUGAAGAGGCCACUGCAGCUAGAUCACGCACCCACAAGCGUCCACGAGCUGACCCAGAAGUCACUACGAUUGAUUAA